AUGCAAGAGACGAUUAGGCAGCAAGGGGAGCAGAUUCGAGACCUGAGAGAGCAACAGGCUCGUCCUGCACCUAUACUGGCACCUCAGGUAGUGCCACCGAAUGUGGGGGAUCGUAUGGAACCAAUUUAUGAGCGGUUCAGGAAACAAAACCCACCUGUGUUUGAGGGUGGCCCAGACCCACUGAAAGCAGAACAGUGGAUGACUAUGAUUGCUUCUAUCUUUGAUUUCAUGCGGGUAGAAAAUAAUGAUCGGGUACGAUGUGCUAUUUAUAUGUUACGAGAUGAUGCCCGGAUAUGGUGGGAGAUUGUUUCCCAAGGUCAUAAUCUGAAUACUAUGACUUGGGAUGCAUUCAGGGCACUGUUUUAUGAGAAAUAUUAUAAUGAAUCCAUUCGUGCCGCUCAAGCUGAAGAGUUCGCACGAUUAGUUCAAGGUAGCAUGACUGUGACUGAAUAUGCUACCAAGUUUGACAGGCUAGCCAAGUUUGCUUCUGAUGAAGUGGCCAGUGAUGCUGCAAGAAAAGCUAAGUUUAUCAGAGGUCUUGAAGAGUAUAUUGCUAGAGAUGUGAUUAUGGCAGCCAAACAAUCAGGGAUCGUGAAGACUUAUCCUCAGAUUGUGGACUUAGCUCUCACUGCUGAGGGGGCUGAAAGCAUGAUUCGUAAAAGAGUACUCAGAGGAAGGACGUGUGGAAAACCUAAUCUAGUACUGGAAAAGUUUCAAGGUAACCAGGGCUUUCGUCGAGGCAGAAAUGAGGUUUGGCAGCCUUACCCUGAAUGCCCAAAAUGCAAGAGACAUCACUUGGGUGAAUGCCGGUCUAGAGUUUGCUACCAAUGUGGAGUAGCAGGUCAUUUCAAGAACAACUGUCCACAGCUACAAAAGCCCGAGGCUAAGAAAGAAAGUCCUGUGGUUCCUGCUAGGGUGUUUGCUUUGACCCAAGCAGAUGCUGAAGCUGGCCCUUCGACAUUACAGGCCAUGUGA